ACCGACCAGUAAUUGCAUUCUUGGUAACGUAAAACAUGGCCGCCGAUUUGUGUUCCUGUGAUGUGAUCGUGUCAUAAAUUGGAGCAGUAUUGAUAGGUGCAGAUUGAAUUAAUUUUGUUCAGCAUGGAUAUGGUCGAUAGCCCAGGGUAUGGGCAAAGGUUCAUGAAACCCAAGAAAUCGUCAAAUUUUCAGUCAGAACUUCAACAGAGGUUGCAAGAGAGACGUAGACAAGGCCUGACUGCAGAACUGACUGAUGACAGUGAUAUCCCUGAAGACACAGAGCUAGGUGGUGAUGAUGAUGAUGAUGCAUAUGCACAGUAUCGGACAAACUUCCAGCAAAAAAGUAGUAAUCGUCCAAGCUCUGCUAAACGUCGUUCUCCUCUUGAACACCAGGCAGACUUAUCACUGACUGACACUCUCAGACCUGGUGCUGGUGAUCGAUUUAUGAAGAAGGGAGGUUCAUCAGGCGGAAGUAGUAUGCCCCCACUAAGCUCCCCUAAGACUCCACCAAGGGACCGAUAUAGCAUGGAAAUGCCUUCCCUCUCAUCUCCCAAACUAUCCCCUAAAGGAAGCUCCAGCAUGAGGGCCUAUGGAGAUAGUAAAGGGGGUCUAUCCCCAAAGGGAGAUAAAACAAAUUCAAAACAUAAGCAAGAACAGCCAAUGUCUGCAUCAGAUAUGAUCUUUGGAAGAAAGACCCCAACAAAAGAUUUACAAGGAAAGCCUUAUCAGGACCCAAACAAGCCCUGGCAAGCUCCAAACCUGAGGAAGGCAAGCCCGAUAAUGACAGAGGAUGACAGGGGCUCAGGUGACCGAGGAGUCUCGCCUACUUCAGGAUUGAGAGGCAGAACAACACCCUCCCUAGAAUCCUCCCUGAGGCCAAUAUCAGAGACCCCAUCUCCCAGACCACGCCAGCUGUCGGGAGGCACAACUCUCCCCAGAACAACUAAGGGGAUGGAAGGAGAGUUACCUCGUCCACGGCCGAGAAAUACCACUGAUAUAUUUGGUAAGACAUCUACUGUAGAGGUGGAAUUGUCUGAUGAUGAGGAGAAUCAGAAAAGUCAACGAUUCUCAAAAAAAAGUCCUGGUCGAAAAACUCCAACAGAUCUCUAUGGAGGUAGGAAAACUCCAACUGGUGGACAGAGGAUGCCUGGCCUUAGUGGAAGACAAACCCCCACAGAUCAGAUGGGGAGAAAAACACCCCCAAGGGAUUUCCAAGGCAGGAAGACACCCACAAAUGAUCCACAGGGUAGGAAAACUCCCACAAGGGAUUUCCAAGGCAGGAAGACACCCACAAAUGAUCCACAGGGUAGGAAAACUCCCACAAGGGAUUUCCAGGGUAGGAAGACCCCUACAAAGGAUAUGUUUGGUAGAAAGUCACCAACAAGUUCAAGUGUGACUGCAGGUCAAAGGUCGCGAUUCUCCAAACAAGGGGACAGAGAGGAGCCACCCCCACUGAAGAAAGAAGCUAGUCUCCUAGAUUUCUUGACUGAGGACACGUCCAAUCAACAACAGAGGAAACAGGGGGAUACUAAGCCGAGGCUACUCAGGGAUACUUCUAAUGAUUCCAUUGAAGAUGAAUUUGAGCAAGCAAACAGGUUUCUCAGUAAGAAACAACAGCAACAGCAGCAGAGACGAACUGUUGAAAAACGACAUUCAAAAACUAACCAAGAUAAUAUACCGAGAGAGAAAAGUUCUGAUGAUCUGUGGUCCUCAAGGAAUGCUGAUGAGAAAAUUCCAGUGGACCAGAGUUCAAUGUGUGCUGACAUUGAAAACGAUCCCCACAUGAGAAUCAGUGCAACAGGAGAACGUAGAGCAGUCAAGGGCUCAAAGUCUGAGAAGAUGACAAAUGGCCAGGUGAACAAUGAGAUCAUUGAUAUGGUGGCAGAGGAACAAGAGAAACAUGGACCUGGACAUAUUAAACCUAUUCAACCUGACAAGGGAAAAUCAAAAAUAGAUGAUGGGAAACGUCAAGUCCAUAAGCCCAAACCCCGCCACUCCCUCCCGGGGACACCCAGUGGCAGCAAUGCAUCACUCAACGAGGAUACUUUGAACAGCACACGCUCAAUCCGAGAUGCCAUAUAUGCAGAGUGGAGAAAGGAAAAGAUGAAAUCUGCUAAACAACAGCUUGCUGAAAAGAAAAAGAAAGAGGGAGAAUUGGAGAAAAAGAAAAAUGAAGAAAAGAAAGAAAAAUUCUUAGAAAAUAAAGCUUCAUAUAAUGCCUGGAUGGAAAAAAAGAUGGAAACAACUUUGAGAGAUCAAGCACGAGAAAAGAAGAAAGAAGAAGAGAAAAAACUCAGAGAAGAAAGAGAAAAAGAACAGAAGAGAAAAGAAGCUGCUAAGAAUUUUGAAAUUUGGAAAGAAUCAAAGACAGACAUUAUAAAGGAAACAGUGAAAGAGAAAAAAAUGACUGAAUAUGAAAAAAAGAGAGAAAAGGAGACUGAAAAGAAAGAGCGUGAAAAAUUAAGUAAAACAGCAUAUAGAGGAUGGAAAUCAAAGAAAGAUAAUAUCAUUAAAGAUCAAGUAAAGACUCAAAAAACCAUGACAAAACAGCAAAUCAAAAUGGAAGAAAGGAAGAAACAAGAACAGGAAGAGGAUGCUUUACGACGCUAUCAUGAUUGGUUAGACAGCAAGGAUGUCCAAAAGAAGCACGAAAAAAGGCAAAGAAGAUACGGUUCAACUGAGGAUCUGGAUGAUCGACCAGCUUGGAGUCCUGCCAAUAGAACCAUCCCAUUCGGCCGGUGACCGUAAUCUAUCCUUACUUUUCGUGCCUAAGAGAGACUUGGAGAGACUUGGAUUUAUUUGUUAGCCAUGACUCUGAGAUUUUGAAAGAAUCAGUACUGACUAGAUACAUAGUGUAGUUAGAAUAUUGAAUAGUUCAACAAGGAUUGUCCACGUGUCAUAUAUAUAUCCCGAAAAUGUUCCGUCCACAUUCUGCCUUUAUUACACAUGCUCAAAGCAUAAAUCAGUGUAAAUGACACAAUUGUUCAGGAAAAAUGAAAGUCUAGGUUCAGUACAUAGGAAAACCUAAAGAAUGAGAAAAGUAUGUGAAAGUUUCUGUAAAGAACCGUCCAAAAGAUAGUCAUAUGUCCAUGCCUGUCUUUUUAAACUAUUCUUGUUGUGGUUGGUAACUUCAACAAAUCAUUCCCGUAUAACCUGAUCAGAAUCCACAUGUGAAGUGAACGUAACAUGACAUGAAACAAGUUUCCCGAGAAAGUCAUUCAGUGUGAAUGAUUCAAAUGUUUUCGUGGACCAUCCACUGAUCCAGGUCCUCAAUGUCGAGAUAUUGUUUAAGGAUUGCAAACAGUUUUGUUUUGCAUGUAUUUAUAGACAUGUAGUCAUGUAUAUAUAUAUGUAUAUGUGUCAGUGCUAAUCGGUGUAAACACACAUUGAUCUGUAUGUUGUAUAGAGAUGUUCAAUGGUGAUGAUAGACUUAGUUCUACUAGAAAUGAUAUAAUUAGCUGAUGCAUUGUUACACUCCACAGGUACUACCUGAAGAGACUGGAUGUUCUCACCACAUUUGUAUGUCAGUUUGUCUUAUACAAAUUCAGUCUUUUAAAGUUGUCAACUUUUCCAUGUGCGUCAGUGCCUCUUGGAAUAAAUGGCAUGGAGUGUUACCAACUGAAAUUAGUCGCAUGACCCAUUUUAUUGAGUGAUGACCUUUUGUUCAUUUCUAUGCCAAACUUGAACCUGAUAAAAAGUAUUACAGAUUUCUUUCAUAAUAUUACUGAAGUACUGAAAAAAUGUACUAGGUACCAUUAUGAGAGUAUAUUUGUCCAAAUGUCCACUACACUACCAAGUCAUCUCCUCAUUAAACAUGUAUUGCAGAAUAGAUGAAAAUAAGGUAUUUAGGGAUUUCUUAGUCCCGUUUUCCUUUAAUGUAUUUUAAAACUGGUUAUAUAUAGAGAGGUUACCUGUCUCUAUCACAACAGAAAAGCUAUUCUGAUGAUGAAUGGACCUGUUUUGUGUGAACAUGUGUUCUUGUUACAAUAUCAGGCGGGAUGUAAGGAUAUCACCUAAAGUGAAAUGCCGCUAAUUAAUAUGCAAAACUGACAAUUUCGAAAAUAUAUUAGAAUGUUACAAUUUAUUACAAAUUGUAAUAAAUAAUAAGCAAGUGUAUUAUUUUCAAAGCAAUAACUUGAUAAAGAUCUCUCUUUUCUUCUUUUUUUUUUGACCUACAUAAUUGCAAAUGACUUGUGCGUUGUCACUUCCGGGAUCUCGUGAAACGGCCUUCAAGUGUUGAACCACGAUUAAAAAAUAGUCCCGGUCAAAAGGUCACAAUGUCAACCAAUCAAAACGCAUUUAGAGUUUAUUCUACGUGUGGUAUACACAGAAAUUAAUUCAACGGUUGUAAUGAUUAAUCAAUGCCUUGGGAAUUUAAAAACACCAACCUAUUGAGGUGGAAAGUUGUUGUAUUCGAUGUAACCCAAAUGGAAAUUUUAACAUAUCAGGAACGUGAUUCAAACUCUUUUAUUUUAUUCAUAUUUUACAACUGAACCAUGCUUUUAAAUGUAUUUUACCUCAUAAACAUGUUUGUAUAAUGUCUGUAGCACUUUCCUCCCUUUCGAUGUAUUAUCCUAUUUUCAAUCCCAAUCACACCUCUUACUAUUUUAGAUGCCGUGGUUUCGGUUCUGAGUCAUGGUAUCUCAGUCGGUUAGGACGACUGCCGAGGGAUCUGAGGUGUGUGGUUUGACACUCCCUAUCCGUGUCAGUUUGUGUUUCUCGAGAAGCUGAGACGCAGGCUAGUUUGUACUGUCCUGGUUGUGUCCUCGGGCAAGAUACUUUGUUAUAAUUGUUCUGGAUGGCAUGCGGCUGGCCUCUUAUUUGCUGUUCAGUGAGAUAGUCGCCAACUACAUCAAUGAUACCCUGCCUCAUGGUGACUACAUCAAUGAUACCCUGCCUCAAAGUGACCCUGGCUAUUCAAGGGGUGAUAAAUCAAGCAAAUUAAACAGCAAUUCAAUUCUGAGCUAAGGUAUUUGAUAUUUACUCAGUUUAUACUCGGUUUGUCUCACACAGUUUAUCAUUUAUGAGGGAAGUCAAAGCAAACUCUAAUUACAAUUCUAACAACAAAUGGAAAAGACGAUAAUAUAUCAUGCUUUUGAUGUACUUUAUACCCAUGUCAAAUUACUCUAGAAAAACAAUCAUGUUAUACUAGAUCAUUUAGAAUGGUAGUCAUUUCGAUAGGCAAUUAUUAUUUUAGUAAUCGGUGUCGCAGACUAACUUGACCCUAGUAAUCUGUGUCGAAGAAUUACUUUACCCUUAUUAUAUUUUUCUUCCAUAUCGUCAAAUGUGCCACAAAAUAAAUUUCUUACAACACUUAACAUGACGGAGCUGGUUUCCAAUUGCACUAAAGUGUCACACACUGGUAAGGAAUACUAUGUUUUUCUAGAAGUUUUACCAGAACCACAAAGACAAAUUGAGUUUGAUUAAUACCAUUGUUUUUAUACAAACUAACGCAACUUGUUUAUGGUAAUGUCGUGUUUAUGGUAAUGUCGUUUGAAAUCGUAAGUUAUGUUUGUAGCGAGCACAUGCGUUGUGUUAUAUUCAUAAAACAACUGUACAGUAUAUAGUUUUACGCCAAUCGCGUAAAUUUUACGCUCAAAAUACACAAUAUCCUUCGUUGUAUCAUGCUAUGAAAACAAUGUAUUUCAAGGCUUCAUACUUAUAAUAAAAUCAUAUGUGUUAGGGAAAUCGUGCAACUUCUUGCAUUCUGUGAUAUUUCAUACUGACAUACAUGUAGUCAUUAGUAUAACAUAUAACCCCUGAUAGUUCAUGCUGAUAUUUAUCAUUAAUAUAAAAUCCCUUUUAAAACAUAUUAAUAUUUUCACCGGUUAGUAAACACUUAAUUUACAUAAAGAUGGGUUUCAGAUACUUUUUAUUGAUAGUUUUUAGGCGAGUUUUAUUUUUCCGUUAUUGAUGUAGAUUUGAACAUGAAUGAAAUCAGUUUCUGGGAGUUACAGCUAACUCGCUGUAACGACAUUGAUUCGAGUUCGUUUUAAAGACGUGUACAUGUCCAUAUUUAGAAUUCUUGUGUUAUUACAUGUGUACAUUGUAGUUCGAUAUCUGAUGACUGUUGCAGCUUAUUCCAAUACAGAUAAAGACACAUUAAUUUAUUACUUCAUAUGUUAUCAACUGGAAACAGAAACUCAACUGAACCCCAUCUUUAACCAUGAGCGAAUGUAGUAUUCUUUGAAAAUAUCCAUCAUUACGAGACUUAUUCAUGUCGACUUUAAGGAUAUUCUGACUAUUUAGAUGAAACUACCAGAUAUGGAUAUGAGGAAAAUAUUUUUAUCGAAAUGUCAUUUCGUUGUUUUGUAUCCGAUGUUGAAAAUAAAAUGUCUUUAUGUAGAA